AUGAGUUGGUUCGAAAAAGCCAAAACGGUUCUAAUCGAAGCACUUGACAUACAGGAUGAUGACAACAAGGCAACAGAUAACGCUGGCAGCAGCACAACAGCCAGCAGCAACAGUAGUAGCGCAGGAUCAUCGAUGGCCGGCGCUAAGGGUGCAUCCGUAAACGCAUUGAACACAUCUGCAAUAAAUGGGGCCACAUUCUACGACAAUCCGCAUGCCAACGAAAUGGUUACCAUUCCGCCCAGGGCAAGCGAUGCCUCAGUGUCAGCACCAGCCAAUCUCUAUGCAAAACGCCAGUCAGCCACGUCAGAUUCGGUAGAUCUGCUGUCGUCGCCGUCACCGACGUCGCCAACUGGUGGCGGCGGUUUGCGCAAUUCCGAGUCUUCACUGGAGCUAAUAACAGCGCCAACAACUGCCAGUGAAGUAGAAAUGAAUAUGUCACCAGAUACAGAACCUUCGCUACCGGAUAGCAUAGUAAUAAUAGCCAGCAACGAGACAUCCGACAAUGCGGAUGGCGACGUUGAUGACGACGAUGAUGAUGAUCCUAUUGAUGAAGAAGAUGAUGGGCAAGUGAUUAACUUGGAUCAAGACGAUCAUUCAAUGCAUUUGAAUGAUUCUACCAAAACGAUGAAAGCCUUGGUAUUUAGUGACACCCAGACAGCGGUCAAUGUAUCUGCCGCUGGGGCUGGCGCCGAUUCGGACUCGACGCAAAGCUUUGAGGACAUCCAAUUGCAGUUGAGCCACAAGAGCAAGUCAGCCGGCAGUCCGGUCAGCACGGAGGCCUGCCAGCAUGGCAGCAAGACGGAGUUGCCCGAUCAGAGCUACUCAUCCACCUCAUCGGACAUUGAGAUCAUAUCGAAUCCGAAUGGGGAUUCCAGUACAAACAGCACGACGACGCGCACCAGUCCACAAAAGUUCAAAGAGCUGUGCAGCGGUGUUAAGGGCCAUGGUCAUGGCUUGCAGGGCCAGAAGCAAGGCAAGGGUCACCAUCGUGAGCCAUCGGAGAUCUCAUUGCUGUCGGAGGACUCGCAGUCGGAGCUGGACAAGCUGGUGCAUCGCAUAAGUGAACUAAAUCAGGUUAUCGAGGCGCGCGAGCAGCGUCUGCUGCAAUCGGAGCGCCAGAAUGCGGAGCUCCUAGAGCGGAAUCAACAGCUUUGCGCCCAUAUGGAGGCGGCCAAGAAUAGUGCCAACAGCAGCGAGGCCAACGAGGCGGUGCAACGUCUCUCGGCAUUGGAAAAGAAGUUUCAGGCGAGCAUACGGGAACGGGAUGCGUUGCGCAUACAAAUCAAGAGCCUAAAGGAUGAGCUGCUGAACAAAAUACCCAAGGAUGAGCUGACCGAAAGCAACGAAAUGAUCAUAGCGCUGCAGUCCGAGGGAGAGAAACUGUCCAAAGAGAUUUUGCAGCAGUCGAACAUCAUCAAGAAACUGCGUGCCAAGGAGAAGACCUCAGACACACUGCUGAAGAAGAAUGGCGAGCAAAUCUCACAGCUAUCCAGCGAGUUGGAACGUCUGAAGAAAUCCCUGGCCGCCAAGGAGGAGAUGGAGCGCUCGCAAAUUGAAGCCGUUUGUCGCAUGACCAAUGAGAAACGGCGCGUGGAUGAGGAGAACGCCGAGUAUCGCAGCCGUAUCGAGGAUCUGCAGUCAAAACUGGCGGCGCUCCAGGCGAGCUUCGAUGGCGUCAAGGGUGAUCUGCAGCAGCGCCAGCGCCACGAACAGAAUCAAAUGCAGGCCGAGAAUCAAGAGUAUGUGCAGCAGCUGAGCGAAAUGCGCGAAAAGUUGCGAAUCACCGAGCACAACAUGGCCAAGCGGGAACAGCAGAUGCGUGAGGAGAAGCGCGAUUUAUUGCGUCGACUGGAGGCGGCCGAAUCGCGUGCCGAGAGCAGCACCCAGGAGUUGAGCGUGUCGACGACGCCGCUCAUCAGGCAAAUCGAAUCGCUUCAGAAGACGCUGAAUCAGCGCACAGUCGCCUGGAGCAAGGACGAGCAGCAGUUGCUCGAGAAGCUGGAGGAAGCACAGGCGCAGCUGCGUUCGCUGCAGCAGCUCGAAACGGUGCACCAAGAGAAGCAGGAACUGCUGCGCACGCGCUGCGAUCUGCUCGAGGAAAAGCUGGCCAAUGCUCUAAUGCAAUCAGAGAGCGCCAAGAUUCAGCUGCGUCAACAGGAGUUGGACGCCAGCAUCAGAGAUAAUGACUACAAGAGCCAACUGAGCUCGCUGCAGGAGCAGCUGAAGCAGCGCCAGGACAAGCUCGAUUCCUUGGCCGAACAAUGCCAGCAACUGGAAGCGGAGCUGCGCAAACUACACGCCUUUCAGCGCAGCAGCGAGCUAACCGUGGAGGCAGUCAAGGCCAGCAACGAGAUGUCCGAGAAUCCGCCGCUCAGUCUGGCGGAUGAAAGCGGCUCCAAUGAGGAUGCGCUGGGCGGCAUUAUUGAUUGGCAGGGCGACGAUUUGGAAUGCGCAUCGAACAGCGGGCGACAGCCCUCGGGCAUGAUUCAGGGCGUGCACUUGAGCUUCUUAGCUGGUAAUACCACAACGCUGGAGCAUCUGCAGGCGCUGCUCAAACAGCGCGAUGGUGAGGUAACGCACCUUCAGUGGGAACUCUCGCGUCUGCAGGCGGAACGCGGCGUGCUGGACAGCGAAAUAUCCAAAUUAACUAUGGAAAUGGAGACGUUGAAGGAGAAAGUGCAAUCCUAUGAAGCCAUGGAGAAGUGCUAUGAGGACCUGCAGCAUCGUUACGAUGCUCUGCUGCAAAUGUACGGCGAGAAGGUGGAACGCACUGAGGAGCUCGAGCUGGAUCUGGUCGAGCUGAAGCAGGCGUAUAAGAUCCAAAUUGAUGAGCUGCUCGCGGCGCCGCCUCCAAAUCUUCAGCGCCCAGCCAAGCCCACAUGAUUGCCGUCCCUGGCAUGGUUGCGACGUGCCUAAUAACCGGCAAUCCAGUCGGAUUUAUAUCUGGAUAUAUUUCUCUAUAUCGACCUUAUGCAAAUGCAAAAUGCUUCGGGCAUACUAAACGAAGCUGCUGUUUUUUUCAUUCCUCUAUUUUGCUUAUGUAUAUGUGUGUGUCCCCUUUCAAGCAAGCACUCCCGCUCCCUCCCUAGCGUCCAAUUAUUAAUUAUCUAUGUAUAAUCGUCAUAUUAACAUACAAGU